GGCAAAGGCACUUAAUUUGUCAUGAUCAUAAACUAGCUAUAUAUAUACAUGCCCACACAACACAAACCCUUCCCCCUUUCAUAUAAUAUUGCCUUUCAGUUCAUCUUGAUCCCAUCCUCUUACCUUAAAUUUAUUCAAAAUUUCUCAUUCAUAGCAAAGAUCCCAAAGAACUCACCACCUUUUUCGUUUCUUUUUUUUAUUUCUUAAAGAUGGGACUAAGGGACAUUGGAGCAACACUGCCACCUGGGUUUAGGUUCUAUCCAAGCGACGAAGAAUUGGUCUGCCAUUAUCUCUACAAAAAGAUAGCCAACGAGGAAGUGUUGAAGGGUACUUUAGUCGAGAUCGAUCUGCAUACAUGCGAGCCAUGGCAGCUUCCUGAGGUGGCAAAGUUGAACGCAAACGAGUGGUACUUCUUCAGCUUCCGUGACCGGAAGUACGCGACGGGAUUCCGAACGAAUCGAGCAACCACAUCCGGCUACUGGAAAGCAACGGGGAAGGACCGAACGGUGAUCGAUCCGAGAACCCAAGAGACCGUAGGGAUGAGAAAGACUCUAGUGUUUUACCGAAACCGGGCUCCGAACGGGAUCAAAACGGGUUGGAUCAUGCAUGAAUUCCGACUCGAGACCCCACAUAUGCCCCCUAAGGAAGACUGGGUUUUAUGUAGAGUGUUCCACAAGAGCAAAGGGGGAGAGAACAGCGACAGGCUGAGCUCCCCAAUGAUGUUGGAACCUUCAAUUCAUGCACCUUCUUUAACCGACCAAACCACAAUGGCUUGUGCGUAUCAUCAACAAAUCAACUCUUUACCCACCAAACCACCCCAUCAACCCCAUGGCCAAAGCUUGCUCAAUCUGCUCCAAUACAAUUCCCACCCGGGAAAAAACGACGACAACAACAGCAACGACAACAAUAAUCACUGCAGCAAUGAAGUUAGCUCGAAAGUCGACGACGAUUACGAGUUCUUGUGGGACAUGAACAUGGAAGAAAACAGCUUAGGUGAUCACCAUCACGAUCAUCAUGAGCUUAUCCAUGGCGUGGCGUCUAACUCGGAUGACAUGAGAUUCGAGAUCAAUAAUAGUAUGAUUUUCUUAUGAACUUUAUCAAAUACUUUUAUAGAAAGAGAAAAAGGGGAAAAAGAAGAAUAAAAGUUACCAAUAAUUUGUUGAUUUGUGAUGUUGGUGUGGUGUUUGCGUCCCUUUGAGGAUUCAAAGGGACGUUAGAAGAUUGUGUGUUAUUUCUCAGUUUAGGGUUUAUAUAUAUUUAUAUACAACAGUGGGCUUUGUAAAAAAAUUAUUUAUAUAAAUGCAUAUAUUAAUUCAA